AUGGACUUUAUUAACAAAUUCACCGGCUCUGCAAACGAUGGAGAGAAUAACGCACAAGGCGGCCGCCCGGAGGAUCGGAAUAGCAGCGGCGCCAACGAAGAACGAAGCAGCGGCGGCUUCAUGGACAAGAUGAACAGCAUGGCUGGCGGAGGAGCCCAAGGCGAGAAGAAUGAAGAUAUGCUCGACAAGGCUGUCGAUUUUGUGCAAGAAAAGUUUAUGGGACAGGGCGAUCAGAGCAAUGAGUCGGCUGCAGAACAGGCCAAGGAUGAAGCCAUCUCCGAUUUUAUACGCGACAAGUACAAGGACACCACGGGAAGUGACUUUCCCAUCAAGGACAAGGAUAGGCAGUAUGGUCUCUAA